CGAGCGGGCCAGUGCGUUAAUGAGCUGGCGGUGUAGAGGAGAAGGCAGGGCGACGCGGCUAAGAGGGGAUCGCGCGUUAAAGCGCUCGGGGCGAAGUUUGCAACCAGGUUUCUCUCCCCUAAACAAGGGCGCAGAGCGGGUCUUCUGUAGAAGGACACCCCCACCCUCUGCUUCCCUCGUUCUCCCUCUCCCCUGACUCUCAGUCUUAACAAGGGUCUGGACCCGAAACGAUACCCAUUGCUUCUCUCCAGAGAUGCUGCCUGUCCCGCUGAGUUACCCCAGCCUCUGGUGCCGAUCUCCGGGGAGAAUGCUGCUGGCUGGCAUGGUGCUGUGCUGCUGCUGCUGCUUGCAGGUGGUGAGGGGCCGAGCGGUCGGGCAGGGCUGCCCGGAGGUGUGUGAGCUGUCCCGGUGCCCCCCUGCCUCGGGCAACUGCAGCCAGGGCCAGGCGCUGGACGGAUGCGGCUGUUGCCCCGUGUGCGCCGCGGCCGAGGGCCAGAGCUGCGGCGGGAGGCACGGCCAGUGCGCCCCGGCUUUCCAGUGCAUACACCCCGCCGGCAAACGCAAGCGGGGCACCUGCGGCUGCCCGCAGCCCGGGCCCGUGUGUGGCAGCGAUGGCCGCACAUACUCGUCCGUCUGCAACCUGAAGGCGUCAAGCAGCGGGCAGCUGGACUCCAACGCACUGCCCGUCAUCCUCAUCCAGAGGGGAGCGUGUGAUGCAGGUCUUCAGCAUCCAGACAGCAUGAGGUUGAAGUUUAACUUCAUCGCAGACGUGGUGGAGAAAAUCGCUCCUGCCGUGGUACAUCUGGAGCUUUAUCGGAGGGUCCCGUUCAGCAACCGAGAAGUCUCAGUGGCGAGUGGCUCGGGCUUCAUCGUAUCGGAGGAUGGCCUGAUCGUCACCAACGCCCACGUACUGAGCGGCAAGCAGAAGAUUAAAGUGGAGCUGAAGAACGGAGAGGAGUACGAGGCCAAGGUCAAGGACGUGGACCAAAAAACAGAUAUAGCGUUAAUUAAGAUCAGCCCAAAGAAUCCUCUCCCGGUUCUCUUGCUGGCUCGCUCAUCUGACCUCCGGCCGGGAGAGUUUGUGGUGGCGAUCGGAAGCCCCUUCUCCCUGCAGAACACCGUGACGACAGGAAUCGUCAGCACCACGGAGAGAGGCGGCAAGGAGCUGGGACUCAAGGAUUCCGACAUGGAAUACAUCCAGACAGACGCCAUCAUCAACUACGGAAACUCAGGAGGACCACUUGUCAAUCUGGAUGGUGAGGUUAUCGGUAUCAACACUCUCAAGGUGACCGCUGGCAUAUCCUUCGCCAUUCCCGCAAACAGGAUUCAGCAGUUCCUCGCCGAGUCCCACGAUCGUCAGCUGAAAGGAACCACAUCACGAAAGAGAUAUAUGGGGAUAAGGAUGGUGGCACUUACUCCAAGUCUCUUGCGUGACCUGAAAAUGCGCGACAAAGACUUCCCCGAUAUUUCUACCGGUGUUUACAUAUUUGAAGUCAUUCCAGCAACACCAGCGGCAAGUGCUGGCUUAAAGGACCGUGAUAUUAUCAUCAGCAUCAAUGGAAAUACAAUCACAUCCUCUGAAGGAGUCAGUGAAGCAAUUAAAAACAACGACACUUUAUCUCUUGUUGUACGGCGUGGAAACGAAGACUUGAUGAUCACUGUAGUCCCUGACGUCAUUGAAUAGAACAGAAUUAUUUUUCAAACCUGUUUAAUCGCACAUCAGCGUAACCAGAUAUAAAUGCUGUUACUUGAAUAUUUUGUCAAUAAGUAAACACCAUAAAAAAGUUUAAAUGUUAAUUAUCACUGUUCAGGGCUUUGUGGUUAAAAAUAAAAACGUGAACUAUAGUCA